AUGGCUUUUCUCUUGAAGUACUACACUUGUAAGUCGCCUCCCACGUCACCUUUCUCAUCUGAUUCGUUUUCAGUUUCGGCCAAGAUCCGCACGCUGUCCGAGUUCCAAAUCAGACUUUCGACGAACCAGCAGCCGCCGUCGAACGCAGAGAUCAUCACGACGUUACGGUACUUCCAGCAGACACUCAUCGGGUCAGUUUCCAUUCGUUUCCGAACAUCCAAUCAGGCUGAGAAGAACAAAAAGAACACGAUUUCAUGGGAAACAGAUGGUGCUCCUCCUCCGUCGCACUCGUAUUCGCGCGGAAAAAAGCAUUCGAAGCGACGGGGAAGAGGCGAAGAUUCUCGAAUUUCACGCACUAAUCCAGCAGAUACAUCAACAUAUGAUGAAUAGUUGGGCAAAAAGGAAUGAAGAGGAAAAGCUGAGGAAAAAGAGUGAAUGAUGGGGCAAGAAGUGGCCGCGAAUGAGGACCAUUCCACUCAGGAAACGGGCCGCCCAUUGAGUACCAUAAAAAGAGUUGCACUCAGAAUAGGCCACCACUCGAGGCUUUCAGAAAUGAACUUUUGAGGAGUUGCAUCCCUACCGUAAUCCUAGCAAUGACGUGGCUCAUCGUGUGCAAUUCACUUCCAAAACGUGCAUAAAUAACCGCUCUGUGAGCCCAUUUCCCGCGCACCUCCCGUCUAGGAAAACGCAAUUUCCCCGCCGACCUUUCGCCGUAAUUAUCAAUCUGUUUCUCUGCUCCUCUUUAAAAAAAAUAGAAUAAUGGGGGCCGGGGCGAAGAGUAAACUGGAAGAAGAUGGGCGCCCCGUCCACUCUCAUUCGAUUAAAUUUUAAUUAACUCUUCGUCUCUCCUCUCUCUUUAUUUCAAAGUCUUGAAAAGAUAGACAGAGAGAGGGAAAAAGAGAGAGAGAGAGAGAGAGAGAGAGAGAGAGUUGCCUUUCUCUUCUUUUUUCUCUUCUUUUCGUCGCGUUUUCCGGCGCCAAUUUGAAUUUUGAAUUGGGCGACCGGAAAAGGGACUUCAGCCCGUCGGCCUUCUUUUUCUUCCAUUUUUGUUGUUGUUGCAGCCAGUACUGACGAGCUGCAAAUCUCCAUUUUUAGUGGGAAAACAAAAGAAGGAAGAAGAAGGAGGGAAAUAGGAGCGAAUCUGUCUUUUUUGUAAUUAACCAACCCUCUUUUCUGUUAAAAAUAGAAGCUCGGUUGGGAAUCACAAAAACAAACGGUAAACGAGAAGAAAGUUGAUUUGAAUCUAAUGAAACUUACCUUUUUAUUAUGAAUUGCAGGUUCCUCAAAGACUUUCCGGCCACCCAGACGAACUACUGCGAGCGGUUUUCAUCGGACGCGGCACGAUGGAACCUCUAUCCAAACCUCAACUAUUCCGCCCUCUACUAUGCCAUAGUCAACCUUCUAGACGUUUUCCCUCUGAUAACCACGUCACCACAAGGUACUGAAUUUUCCCGCGCACAUUUGCCAAGACUCUCCUGAUUACAGCAAUAGGAGAAGCAAUUCUAGACACAAUCAAAGCGCUGAUGAUAUUUUUGGAACGGGAUUCUCUGGAACAGUUACCGCUUUUGUUGGCCAGUCAAUUGGGAGUGUUUCCGAGAGAAUUGGACAAGCAGGUACGGACCGUACGGUCAUCCAAAGUCAAGUACGAGGGAGUUUUCAGAUUGUGCACCUGCUAGCCGACUGCGUCUUCCCGUUCGCCAUAAACGAUGAGACAUUCGUCAAGUUGAGUGUUCCGGGAGUGCUGAUGCUCGUUCUGCAGCAGACUCACGAUCCGAGUCUGCACACGUGGAUUGUCGAAUCGGCAAUGAACUGCUCUUCGAACGUCUACCAGGACCUUCUGCAAGUGAUCGCCAAGGGAACGUGCGAGAGCAGAGUGGCCGCCGCCAACCUUCUCUUCCACUACUGGCCCUUUCCGAACCCGCAGAUCUUGCACAGGAAAACGAUCCAAUACCGAGUGCAUGCGUGGCGAACCAUGCAGUGUCAAUCGACUGGCUGCACCGAUAAGUCGUCGAGCGUCAAACGAUGCUACGAUCCGGUCGUUUGCGCGGACGUCGCCGACACUUCGCCGCCGAUCUUCCUGUGUCGAAAGUGCGCCGAGCAAGUGACGGGCGAACGGAAAGUUGUCACGCAGCACAUUGCCCAGCCGAUGCCCGCCUCGAACGCCACGUGCCAACGACAAGAGUGCCAAUCGCAAUCCAGAUUGGCAGUGACGAUAUGCUGCUCACACGAAUGCACACGAGGGCACAACCACGUGCCGAUGAGGCUGUGCAUGGAUUGCAGUACCCUGGUGCAUGAGGAUGGGGCGGUGCAGCACCUGCAACAUCAGGGAAGCAGAGUGGUGUGGUCGACGGAUGAUCAGUGGCCGACGGUCGAGAGCAUCGUGAAGCUGUUGAGGGAGACGACGAUGUUCGAGGGGAACGAGGGAGAAGGAAAGAAGCCGAAGUGGCUGAGGCAGUUGGACGGAGGUACUUCCAUGGGAAAAGAGGUACGGACGGUCGGAGGGCGAAGAGAGUAUUCAAUUGAAUGUUUUAGAUCGACAAAAUGGCGGACGAGCGUCGGAUGCUCAGUCGGUUCGGAGUGUGGCUUAUGGCCGGGCUGUGUCCUCCUAACGAAUCUGCGGAUCCAAGAGCCAUCGGAUACAUUAUGCAGAACGUCUUCGAAUGGUUUGCGACGACCGCACUUUUGCCCAACGAUUCUAUGGGCUCAUCUCUGGAACAAUUGAAGACGGACUUUGUCUCCGAUUGGAUGAACACCGGAAUGAGAGUGCACAAUUCGGUAUUCCUUUCGAGCCUGUGCGGGGAAUGCGAGGAGUUCGACGGGCGGCCUGUGAUAGAUCGGAUUAAAGAGGGACUCGGAAGGCUUCUCGCUAUGAUGCCUUAUGACGUCAUCAGUCUGGAGACGUGGUCACAAGUCAUGCCACGAUGGCUGGAGGCCAUUGUGAACGAUUGCACCGAGGACAACCAGCCAGAGCUGAAGAUUCUGCUGUGCAAGAUAUUCGAACCGGAUUUGUGUCCUCUCCCGUUUGAAACUGCCGAAGUGUACCAGUUUAUGACGGAUCGGAUAGGAGGCGACGACUACGAUGAAAUGUUCAACGCAUUGCAAUGGCUUCAUGUACGUCCUUCCUACUGUUCAUCUUCUCACAUUCAUAUUUCAGCAACUCUCCCGUCUGGACAUCACCAUCCCGUUGGCCAUGAUCCUCGAGAACUUCAACCGAUGCUUAAUCAAGCUGAGAACCAUCGAGAUCCCUCCUCUUUCGGAGAAUGAUCUGGAGGAAGAGGAGAUGUCCGUGCACGUGGUCCUUGUGGAUACUCUCGUCCUGCAGAUGAAACUGAACGAUUCGGAACGGUCAAUGACUCCGGUGCUCACGGACAGACUCUUCGAGUGCAUGCAACUGCUCGUGUCCAUUCCGAUCAGAGCAGUCCCUCAUUCGUGCCACGAUCCAGAGUUGGACGGGUUCGCAGAUUGCCAACGUAAAUGUUAAAUACGGAAAAUCUUUUGCAAAGAUGUUUUCAGAAUGCCAACAAACUGCAUUCGUCCAGCAAAUGGUUAUGAACAUCACGCAGAAAGUGUGCCCGAAACGAGAAGUCGCCAUUAUUGUACAAUUUUGCUCUUCCAGUUCAAAAUCAUAUGGAAAACCUUUCAGACGACAGUCGAUGAAGAUGCGAUCUACGAUGAACAAACCACAGAUUCUCCGACGGGGCCCGGAAGUUCCAUGCUCUCUCCGUUGACGGAAGCCGGGAGCAAAGGAACGUCUCCAGGCAUCUCGGCUCCCUCGAAACUGUUUCCGGAUGGUGCUCUCCUGCAAAAUAUGUGUGUUGCACAGGCAUAUGAAGCUGAGGAAGAGGGGGAGGAGUGUGUGGAGGAGUGCGUUGGGAUCCUUCCGGCAGAGGAGAUGGAAGUGGCGAUGGCAGAAGCAGUGACACACGAUACAACACUUGAGACGGGGCAGGUGGUGACGAGUACGACGGUCCAUCCGAGCAUUAAGGGACAGAUCAUCCAGACGCCGCAGACGCCCGUUCAGAAGCAGCCGCCCACGGACUUCUGGAUCACUUCUGUCGGAAGGUUUCGAUUCAGUUUCGAUCAGUUACCUUCCCAACUGAAGAUGAUCCACUCGCUACUCUCCUGUCUGGACACCGCCGUCGAGCCGGACGUCGAGUUCUUCGUAAUGUCGUCCAUCAAGUAUCUUUGCCUUCAUUGCGAAGCACUCAGCAACGCUCGUAGGGAACAUCGGGGAUUUCUGAUCUGGACCCAAGAGAACCAAAUGGUGCCAAAGUUGUGGGCACGUCUUCGAUCCGAUUACAUCCAGGUCGGCGAGCUGGCAACGCAUCUCCUGCUGCACUCAAUGACUCUUCCGUGCGGAGAGGAAAUGUUCUGGAAAAUGGUUCAUCGGGACUUCACGUCUCCCCAGUGGAAUGUCCGUUUUGAUGCGGUUGGAAAGGCUUACGUGAUGGCUCAGAUGAUAAAGACGGCGCCGGUGAAGGCAAACAAAGUGGUGCAGACUUGCCUCUCCGCAGUCUUCUACCACUUCAUUGCUUCACUUCACGAUCCAAAUCCAUCUGUGGCGCAGAGGGCGAUCAUAGCGUUGAGAGCGAUGCCAAGUCACACUUUGAAGGUGUCGUCGUGCUUCUGAUAAGAUUCCAAUUCAUAAUGCUUUCAGCUGAUGUGCAUGUGUUUCGAGUCGCAAUUCGAUCACUGCAUAGUGGACCGUCCGUUGAUCAUUCAUGCAAUUACGAUGAUGUCAAUCCUUCUGCCCGACCAGACCACUCUCACUUUCGACUUUUUCAUUCAAAGAUUCGAGACGUUGGUGUUGGAAAGUCAGUUGAGCAGCCAAACAGAGGAGAACAUCUUCGUGCAAGAUCUGAUGCACACUGAUCCGAUGUCUGAACUCUAUCAACGGAAAGUUUCGAAAGCACGGACGGCCAUUGAGAAUGCCAGCACAUCCCGUUCGAUCGUCCGUCAUCUGAAGCAGUACGACGGAAUGAAGCACCAGCUGGCCCAUCUGCCGUCGGAUCCAGGUACGUCGCCCCAAGCCGAUCCGGUCCAACCAGAUUCCUCUCCUCAUUCACUCGAUCCACACGAUCUCUUCGAUUCAUUCCUAACCUCUUCUAUGUAUACUAAUCCUAACCCAUCGGACCUCUGUGUGUCUCCUUUGUAACCUUCCUCCUAACAGUCCCUUUAGACACCCUUCUUCUUCUGUCCAGAUAUCACUUUGUCGACGCGCGUGGCUCGUUGGCGGCGUCGUGGUCGUCUCUCAGAGGCGGCGCUCUCCGCGCGCGUCAAGAUUCUGAAGGUGGUCACGAUGGUGCGCGUCGUGAAUCGAUGGCGCGAGAUGGCGGCGGACGUGGCACUCGGAGCCGCUUCGCUCGUGUCUAUGAUGACUUCGGGCGGUGCUCCCGGCGGAUUGAUGUGUAUGUGUCUCUUUUGCACGUUGGAACGACGACACUUUGCAUCUGGAUCUCUUCUUCUUCUCCUUCGGAAUGUGAAUGUGCACGUGAAAGCAUCCCUCUUUUCCUUAGCUCUUUCAUUCAUUUCCUCUUUCUUCACAAACUUUUUCAUUCAUUUGUUUCUCUUGUUUUUUACACGGUUUCAGUUGGUUUCCACAUCACUCACAAACACUUUUCCUCAAUUAUUUUGGUCUGCCAAUUGUCCAGUGUUUCUUUUUCUGUCUUCUCUGCGCCCUCUCCGCCUCUAACACUCUCUCCUCUUUCUGUAAUUUCAGCCAGUGUCGCCGUGAACGAAGACGUCUCCUCGCCGCAUUCAUCGGUCACCGCCAACUACGGGCAUGGUAUGCAUCGGUCAGGCCUCCGAGGGCUUGACGCACUUUUCACCGCUUCUCAGCCCCUUCUAGACACCCGAUUCUUUCGCUUCAAUCCCCUUCUACGCAUGCAAAGAAAUAUACUCAAAACACACGAACCAAAACUUUCAGGAAGGGUAAAUUCUUUUGAGAAGAACAAGGGGUUCCUUAGUUGAUCGUUCAGUUUCAUCAAUUUACCUCAUUUCUGUUGUUCUCCACGAGAAUCUUCGUUCCGUUGAUCUCCGAUCUUUCCAGGAGGGUACGGUAGACUGCGAGAAUUCACCGACGAGGAGAGCAACAUGUGCUUGCUCUUCAACAGAGUCGUUGACAUGGAGAACCCGGAACGGCACACCGUCUACCUGGUCGUCUCCCUGUUCGUCACUUUCCUCAGCAACAAGAACUCGACGCCGACCGACGAGAAAGCGAAUGCGAAGAAGCAGUCUCUGGUCUUCCGCCACUUUAACACUCUGCUCGGCUACAGCAGCACGGAGAAGUGCUUCACGAUACCUCCUGCCAGAUUACGGUAGAUGACGGCUUCUCGUUUUCUUUCCGUUACACGAGUUUUCUUUUAGGAAAGCGGCAGUCUGCAAUGCAUUCAUCAGUGGACUUCCGGAAGUGCUGGACAUGAAUCUGCACACAGGAAACCAGCUGCUGCCGACCGUAGCCCAGUUGUUGAUUCAUCUUCCGAGUCCUCAAAAGUUGGCUUCCGAUCAGAAUGUCACCAAUUACUCUCUGGCUCUUCUCACUCAGCACAUGCGACAUUUGUGGCUUCAUUCUCUUAUUCUCAUACUUUACAAGGUUUGCCUCAAUUCGAAAGUUUGCCUCUAAUCGGAUCGUUUCAGUAUCGGUUUGAUCAACUUCCGGUCAGUGAGAACAUUGUCAGAUUGAUAGGGAUUGUAGUGAAAACGUUGCAAAGUGAGCCGAAUUUUCAAUUCCGUGACCGACCAUUUACGUUCCAUUUUCAGAUCAUGUUCACGAGUGUUCGGAAGCGGAACCAUCGCAAGAGAUAGAUACGUGGGACGAAGUGGAAGAAGAUGACGUGGCACGGACGGAACUUAUCCGGCCGGAGAGUCUCACAGUGACGACGAUUCAGGAAGCGUCUACGGCGGGGGAAGGUGUCAUUCAUGUGGGAGCCGUCCGAGUGAUGCAGCCGACAAUCGUGGAGCCAGGGAGACUCGUCGUCGAGCCGGCGAUGUCCCGGAAACGGAGCACGGCGAUUCUGGAGGCAAAGCGGAAGAAGAGUGCGAUUGAAAACAUUAAAAAGAGGUGAGAACAACGGGAAAGAGAGACUAUUUAGGAAUGAACGUAUUUCAGUACCACUCUGAGAUGCAACAUUUGCAACGAGGAGAUCGAAUUCUUCGACGAGGAGACCAUCUCGCUCUGCCUGAUCUCCUUGGAGACGUUCCUUCAUCGAGAACCUUCGAUGGCCGCUCCGAUUCUUUUUAAGAUCCUCUACACAGUCACGAGACUCAUUGACACUCCAAUGUACCCGUGGCACUCGACCGACAUGUUCGUGCCGGGAAACUCCCGUUCGGUGGCCAAGCAGAUGCUGCGUGUCACUCUCCAUCAUCUCUCCACUUCCGCCAUUUGCCUUCAACUCUUCGACACCAAAAUCCCUCGGGCCGAUGCUUUUUGGGGCGUCGUCGCUCUUUCUCUCGCCGACUUCAACGAGCUCUCUCCCGUUUAUUUUGUCCAACUUCUGAUGGAAGAUCUCGACGAAAGCUGGCCAGGCUCUGUGCGGCUGAUUAUGAAGAAUCUCGCAUUCUACACCGUCGAGAUUCCCACCGACAUGUACAUUUCCCACUGGAGCAACCUCACUGGUCACAUGGAAACUUUCUUCCGGAGGUAUCACACCGCUAUCUCUGCUGACAACGCGACCGUUCCAACUCGUGCUGAAAUCGAGAAUGUGAUUGUAGUCAUGAGUCAUGUGCUUAAAGUGCAGAACUUCUCCGCCUUCAAAUCGGCCGUUUCCCUUGUCGAAUCGUUCGCCAAGUGGCUCUCCGAAUCCCUUCACGGCGCUGAAAUAUCUCUGGAAUCCCUUCUUGGAGUCUGCACAGCUUGUAACCGAGCAUUGAUAAGAGUAAGUGGAGUGAAUGUCGUUGAACUUUCAUUAAUAAUCGCUUUCGACAGGAACGAGACAAACAAUGCGUGACUCGCGCAGUCGUCACCGAACUGAUGCAGGCGAUAAAGUUCAAAGCGAAGAUGCAGGAAGCGAACUAUGUGACGGUGGCCAACAUGAUUCUGCAGGACGCCGGAGAAGACAUCGAGGUGCCGCUGCUGGACGAUCAGUUCAACACUGCCGCUUCCGAAGCGAUCCGUCCGUUUCUCUUCGAAGUGUUGGACUUUAUCGCUGAUUUGCACGUCAUUGCAAAGUUGAAGAAAGAGACGAAUUCAGAUGCGUUAGGCGGAGAUCUGAAAGUGAAAUUGGCAGAAGCUAUAGGUAACGACGAGAAGAGAUUCAACUGCAAUGUCUUGUUUCAGCCGUUGAAAUGUCUCGAUCGAAUGCCCGCGACUGCCGUACCGUAAUCCGCUUCAUCCCGUGGCUCAUGUCGCCUCCAUCUGUGACACAAGCUGCUCCGGGCGCGUUCGCCGACAGUGUCACCAACGUACGCGUGCUCUCGUGGCUUCUGCUCGGAGCCCUUCAUGCCAAUCACUCGUGCCUGCCCGUUCCGAUCGAAUGCUCUCAGCACAUGGCUGAUUACAUUCACUUUGUGCUCGCCGGUUUCGCUGAUCAGUCGAAGGUUCCUUCCCUGCCCAUCAAUUCACUCUCUCUCUCUCUCUUUUCAGCAAUCCGUCGUCCACAUGUCCGCUCUGUUCCAUGCAUUCCAUUUGUGCCAACUGUGGACCGUCUACUGCGAACGGGCGGCCACUUACAGUUCCACGACGGCGUUCGCCCAUCUCAUCGACUUCUGGGCGCGUGUAACUCCCGCAAUCCUGCAGCUCCUCAGUCAUUCCAAAGUGGUGAGUGGUCGCGAGAAAAUGUGCAGCGAAGCGUGCUUAACGGAAGUGUGGUUUCAGCUCGCCGACAUGGUCAAUCUGCACUUCCUCAACACAAUCCAAGCCCUCCAACAGGUCAACUCGGCCCUUCUCUGCCAACUUUACUCGAUGUGGGCGCCCAUCCUAACUGCCUAUCACUCGCAAAUCCCCAAUCAACUCAGGUUUCGAAGUGUCUCUGCUCAUCCAACUUCCUCUUUCGUUUUCAGAAUGAAACUAGAUUCUUGCCAGAAUCAGCCCUCCUUGGAAGCUCCGCUGGUGACGGAGUGGCUGAAGAAAGUGAGAUACAAGAUAUCGCAGGUCGAACUGCAAACCUCUGCUGCCUCGCCCUACUACACUGUCUAAUCAUUUCUUAUUCGGGUUUUAACAUACGAUUUGGUGCUUUCAACCACAAUAAAUGUGCUCUUUCUCAUUUUUGUUUUCAUUUCUCAUGUUUUCGUGGCGAGACCCACGCAUUCUAUCCCAUGUCCUUUCGGAGCUGAGCUUCAAAAGCGACUGAAAAACGUACAAAUCAAAAAUGUGAAUCACAAUUGUUUUGGUUGCUCGCUGUUGCUCUUUCAUUCCCGCACGCUCCAUCUUCCGUCGGCUUGUAGUAGUAGUCGAAGCAGAAAAAGGGAAACAUUUGCUGACUGUUCGUCUCGUUCCCCCCUCUCGCUAUUUUCAUCACUGCUCUCGCUUCUCUCGUCGCUACCAAAGAUUUCUCCUCAUAAUUCCUCCACGAAAGAAAAUGAAGAAGCGGAAAUAUUCGGAAGCGAGGAGGGACACUGGUGAAAAACAAAAGAGGAAUGAUAAUUUUCAGUUGGUCUGUCAAAUAUAAACACGCUCUUUCACGAUUCGCCCCGCUUCUCACACGAUGUGUAACUGAUAACAGUGAUAGUUUUCAAUCACUUUUUUGUCCAGAGAUCAAUGAUAUUGCGCCAGUGCAAUAUUGCGUGAAAUAUUGGUCAUGCGAACAGUUUUCUGGAACUUAUUUUCUAAUCCUUUUUUUCGUAUUCGUCCUGUCUGAAGUCGAAGACAUGCGGCCCCACCCCCAUUCUGAAAUUUAUCAAAAAAGCAACCUUUCGCUUGGUCCAUGAUGACGACAGUACAGAACAGAGUGUAAAAUUUAAAAACCGGUUUUUUUCGUUGUCAUUUUGGAGGUUUUGGGACGGAAACAGAGCCGGCGCCAAUCGAUUCCUACUUCUCUUCUGUACGAAACUUUGUCGCGACAGCCAUCCAUUUUCGCUAUCAUUUUUCUCGAAGUGACAGGUCUCUGUUAUCAGAGGUAGUUUGCGAAGAAAAUUGAACGCAGACCGCUCACCGUCGUAAAAUGUUCGGAACGAGACAAGAAACAAAAUGAGAGAAAGCGGGAAGCAAGGCGCCUCGCGAGAGAGUGCCAGCUAGAGCGCCAGGCGACCGACUCGAAUUUGAACUAGCGCGCAGCCGCGACGCGUCCCCUCGCGUCGCGGUCGGCCUUCCCGGUUGUGUGACUGACGAAAUCGUUGCCCAGCACCUUCAUCGCUCUGUUUCUCUAUCGAUUCUCGCUCGUUUUUCGUAAUUCUUUCUGCUCAUCGAUGUGAAAUGGCUUUGGCUAUCCGAUUAUUUCACCGGCAUCGUCGAAGAAGUCCAGGGAGAAAGAGAAAAUAUGAAAAUUGUUGCAUCGAUUUUUAUAGGGCUCUGUUGUCGUUAAAAAAAUAGUAGGCGAAUGGAUGAUUCAUUGAUUCUUUCGAAAAUGUUCGAAAGCUUUUCCGGUCACGGGUUUUCCAUCUUAGUUCUAAAAAUUAUCGUGUUUACAAAAGCUAUUGAUUUUUCUCGCCAAAUCUCCCAAUUUCGAGCGGCUACUAUCGAAUUACAUCGCGUUUCGUCCGUUUUGGCGCCUAUUGUUCCAUUUGUCAUCCACUUGUUUUUUCAGGUUGAGAUCCUCACUCUUGAACCACCUGGUGCCCUCGUGCACUCAUUUCGUGUGCUGCUACUAAAGGUAAUUUUGUAAAAUUUUGCAGGUUAGAAAUCAUCUUCGUCAUUUUCAGCACGGCCGGAGUAAAUAAUGGCAAAUGUUAUGUCAGUGAAGGAUUUCAUCGUUGCGACAAAAUAUAAGCUGAUCCGGAAAAUCGGAUCCGGCUCGUUCGGUGAUAUCUAUGUCUCAAUCAACGUGACGAACGGCGAGGAGGUGGCCAUUAAGCUGGAGAGCAACAGGGUAAGCUUGUACUUUCUCUAAUUACAGAAUUUCCGUCUAUGUGGCAUUAUCGCAAUAACGCGGCACAGCCUUGCAUUACCAAUGCGGCCGUUGUGUCUCUUUUUCAGAUAGCGCCAAUUUUCUCCUUUUCCUUUGUCCGCACGUUCAUUUCCAGGCGCGGCACCCUCAGUUGCUCUACGAGUCCAAAGUCUAUCGCAUACUGCAAGGAGGAGUUGGUAUUCCACACAUCAGAUGGUGAGUCCUAAGUAGAACCUCCAAAAAUUGGUCGUUAUUGCGUUUAGGUACGGAACAGAGCGAGAGUACAAUGUGCUCGUGAUGGACUUGCUCGGUCCCUCGCUUGAGGAUCUAUUCAACUUCUGCUCCAGACGCUUCACCAUGAAGGUGAGAACCUUGUUUGCAGCACCAAGACGUCUCCGCACAACACGACGUUUUCAUCAAGUGUCCUUCAGUUCUUACAACAUUAUGUCACUUCUUCAUGAUACGCGCGGGGGACAACUGAGGGGGCGCUGAUCUUUAGGGAACGGGAGUGUGAUGUGUGUAAAUAAUGAACAACGGCCUCCAUUCGCGAAACGAGGGUAACUGAGGGACUGGUCCAGCUGUGCUUUUCCCCCCGUCUCGCUUAUUAUUGAGUUUUUCGAAAUGGUAUUGACUUUUGGUAGUUUGAAUAGACUAAUUGAUGAGAGCACAUCAAACCUUUCUGUCCAAUCUGAUGACAUAAAAACAAGACAUUAUAUUCAACAACUGACGUGCGACCAAAUGACUGAUUUAUUAAAGAAGACUCUUUUAGACGGUUCUCAUGCUCGCCGAUCAGAUGAUUGGACGCAUCGAGUACGUGCACGUGAAGAACUUUAUUCAUCGUGAUAUCAAGCCAGACAACUUCUUGAUGGGAAUAGGACGCCACUGCAACAAGCUGUUUUUGAUCGAUUUUGGAUUGGCCAAGAAGUGAGGAUAGAGUGAGAAGCGCCAACUUCAAUUCUGUUUAAUUUAGAUACCGUGACUCGCGCACCAGAACUCACAUCCCGUACAGAGAGGACAAGAACUUGACUGGAACCGCCAGAUACGCUUCGAUCAACGCUCAUCUCGGAAUUGAGCAGUCGAGAAGGUAUUUAAGUUGCUGAGAGUGGCUAGCAUAAUCAAUGUUUUUGCAGAGAUGACAUGGAAUCUCUCGGAUAUGUACUGAUGUACUUCAACCGUGGAACGCUUCCAUGGCAAGGACUGAAGGCUGCGACGAAGAAGCAGAAGUAUGAGAAGAUUUCUGAGAAGGUUUGAGUCUGCUGAAGUAACUGUCGCUCUGAAAGACUGUUUUCGUUCAGAAGAUGACGACAUCCGUUGAGCACUUGUGCAAGGGCUUCCCAGCCGAGUUCCCAAUGUACUUGAGCUACACGAGAGGACUUCGCUUCGAUGAGUCGCCGGAUUACAUGUAUUUGCGGCAGUUGUUCAGAAUCUUGUUCCGAACGCUCAAUCAUCAGGUAUGUGGUCAAGAAAAAGCGUCAGUUCGGCGACUUUAGCUCUGCUGCUCAAAGAUAGAUACUCUUCACUUAAUCCUCGUAGAACGAAGAGAAGUGCCGGUUUAAUGAGGCUCUCGCCACAUGACAUCGUUUUGUUAGGAAAGAGCGUCGUGCGAGGUGUGAAAUUGAUUUCAAAUGGAAGUGACUGCCCCAUUAACCGAAAAUUUUCAGUACGACUACACUUUCGACUGGACGAUGCUCAAGCAGAAGGCCCAGCAAUCGCAAUCGAACGCUAUCGCCGGAGGAGCUGCAUCGGCUGGAGCCACCGGAGGACCAUCAUCCGGAGUGCAAGGGGGAGUGGCGCCGUCUGGAAACACUCCUCAAUAG